AUUUUUGAGAAUAGGUGGCAGUGAAUUCGCUGAAGAAGAGUUUCCUGUCACUUUGGGGGAUACCAAAUCACCCAUUCACUGUGAUGAUCGAGACAUGUGGGACAACUCAUGCCCAUGAUGAGGAUAAACUUGAGACUUUCAUGGAGAGGGUCAAGGAACAAAAUGUGAUUGUGGAUGGGACCAUUGCCACUGCACCUGACCAUAUUGAGAAACUAUGGGGUAUCUACAAUAGCAUCCUCAUUUCAUUGGUGACCAGUGGAUAUGUUCAUCAGUUUGAUGUUUCCCUGCCUCAUCACAAGAUCUAUGAAUGUGUCGAGUAUUUGAGAAAGGAACUUGGUGACACCAUUGAGCAGGUUGUUGGCUAUGGACACUUGCUGGAUGGGAAUCUGGACUUGAGCAUUGUUGCAAGACAAUAUAACUCUCAUCAGUCUGCAGAGAUAAAAGACCUUGUGUACAGUUUUGUGGCAAAGUAUAAUGGUGCAAUAUCAUCAGAACUUGGGUGUGGCUUCAAAUUUCGGAACCUGAGUCACUAUUCUAAAGGACCUGUUGAACUGAAGUUGGAGAAAAUGAUCAAAGAUGUCUUUGAUCCAAAGGGGAUCCUCAAUCCAUACAAGGUCCUUCCAGAUGAGUGAUGGCCAUAUCCCUCUAUCAUGCUCAACACAGG